AUGUACACAACUGAUAUUCAACAUACCAAAGGAAAAACUAACGCUGUGGCCGAUUGCCUCCCCCGGUCUGCUAUUGAGGCCGUACACAAAGGGGCUGACUGUGCCAGCAUGGUAGUCAACCAAGUUACUGUCCCAGAGGCCCAGGCUUACCGAACAGCGGUCAUGGGCCUGCGGUUAGCUGAAACUGCUGCCGGAUCUGCUGAAACUUCUCAGCAUUCUUUGCUUCGGAAACUGCUGCAAAAGCGCCAUCGCUGUCCGCACCUUCCCACUGCAAUCUACGAAAAGAUUAACAAACCAUGCUUAAUUACUGAGUAUGUGGAGAAAUUUGCUCCGUAUGGAAUCAUUCAGCCUAGAGAAUCCUACAGACCACGAGAAGGCUAUCAGCGGCACCCAGGCAAGAUGGAAACCAUGACCACAUUCAGAGCAGAUUUUAUUCCACAUGAAAUACAGCCUAGGCCGAUGAUAAUAACUGAAGAAUUCAGGCAACCCCACGGAGCUAUGAAUCUGGAUACUACUUACAAACGGGAUUUUAACCUCCAUCCAAUCCAGUCAGUCCCGCCAGCACGGCCAGCAGAGCAAACGCAUGGCUCCACAGCAAAGAUGCUGACAAUUCCAACUUACAAAGAUCAUUACAAACAAUGGAAGCUUUCAAAAAGAGAGACAAUGAAACCAGAACACACUUUCAAAUUUGGAAAUCCAACUGCCUUUGAGGGUGAUGGUUCCUUUAAAGUUCCUGUUCCCAGUCAGAGUUCUAAACCUCCAAAUGCAGCAAGGCUGUCAGAUGCGCCCUUUGAUGACAAGACUAAUUAUCGGCAGAAUUACAUCCCGUACAAACUGGAGCCCCCUAAAAGACGUGAUCCAGAACAAUACAAGCCAAGUGACAAACUUUUUGAUGCUCUCACUGUGCACAGGAGGGAUUUCAAGGGUCAACCUGGAGAGGUCACAAUGCCCGUUAGGCCUCCUUUCACCAAACUCAACUCCAAUCAGCCGCUUUACGAUGUAACUGAAUUCCGUGACAAAUACAGAAGUUGGAUUAUAGAUCGACAUCGGGUGCACAAGGCUGUGGAGCCCAUUAGUUCUCAGGGUAAAAUGCAUCUCAGCACAACUACUCAGACCGACUUUGUUGAGCACAAGCUCCAACCUUUUGUUCCCGUCCGACCUUUACAAGUAACGAGUGGGCACAAUAUUCCCUUUGAAGGGCAGUCCACUAUGAAGGCAGACUACAAGUACUGGGAUGCCACACGGGAAUCUCUUAUCAAGCCUCGGCAGGAACUGGAGAAAGCAGCAGGACGAUUUGAUGACCUGACAACAUUUAGAGCUCAUUAUGUGCCACACCAGAUUAACCUCGCACAUUCCUACAAACCUCGCAAUUCUUACAUUCCCAGCAGAGUACCAUUAGAUAAUGGAACCACUUAUCAAAUCAGUUAUACAUCAAAGGGUGUGGAGGUGUGUCCUGCCUCAUUUGCAGUGCCUCCUGGUUAUGAGUAUGUGGAGACUGAUGUCCGAGGUCAUAAACUAUAUCAACCAGUAAAUGAAGAGGAAUGUAUUCACCCCACAUUGGCAAAUAACUCUGCAGAUAUUACUUCAAAUACACCUGACCCUCAAAAGGCUGCCAGUGAUUUGAAAGUAGGCUUCCCAAAUGAUGCAAUCAUUGCAGCUUAA